AUGGUGCUCAACAACACGCCAAAGAGGUCUACGAGAUCGCCAGGUGCUUUUACUCGGCAGCAACAGCCAUCAUUUUCACUAGACUCGGUUGUUCGCAAAGACCCCAAGACUAUCGGGCCAAGCAACCGUCUCACUGAAGCUUGGGUUCGGGAACAGCAAGACGCCUUUCCCGCAACCAUAGUAAAGCUCGCCGAACCGAGCGAGUCUAAAAUUUACCAGCAUCACGUUCAACGUAUUAACCAGCUCAAGAACUUGACCAACAACAUCGACUCUUUCCACGGCUCAAGCAGCCCUCAGCAGAACCGUCACUUCUGCCCGACUCUGGAGGUUAAGCGACCUAAGCUUACCACCAACAUGCCGGUCGAAAUCGUCCAGCAACAACUCACUCCCGAGUCUCCGGCUGGGUGGUCUGGUAUGAAGGACUUUCUCAUGACUGAGCUUCGAAGGGAGAUGGGGCUGCCUCAGCACCGUCCCCAUCAUAAGGAGAAUGUCGACGAGAAGAGUGUCAACUUGGCCUGCCCUCUUUUCAUUAAAAACCCGGCAGCUUUUACCCACGUCAGAAACUCGUGUACUGACGGUAACAUCAAAGGAGGAAUUGGAAAGCUCAUCGAACACAUUAAGCGGGUACAUCUGAGAAGUGACAAACAAUGUCACAACUGUGGUGCCAGAUAUGGCUCGAAGCCGGCAGAGUCCAAGUCAUCUCAUGCGCGGAGCUGUACUAAAAUCUGGUCACCGCAUGAACCACCCCUGCUCACGGAAGAGCAACAUCGUGUAUUGGAGAACCUCUCGGUAAGGGCGAGUGGGCAAACCUUGGACUACAAGUACCGCCACAAACUCCUCAUGAAGCUGUUUCCUGGUCAGGAAGAGUGGGCCAAAAGGGUCGAAAUCUACCACGACUCUUACAUGCCUUGUCUUUUGCCCGCACAGCUCAUGUUUGAAGCUAUGGAAAAGGCAGUUGACAGAUGGGAAAGAGGUUACGCCACUUCAACACACAUGUAUGACUCUGACGGAAGUGACGCCGACUCGGACAGAUCACGGGAGUAUCGCCGUAUUUCAGGCUCGAGCGCCGGUGCCUCUCCGUCCACAGAUGCCUCGAGCGCUUAUCCCUCCACCAGCACGGGUGGGUACAGCCGCACCCUCGGCAACGGCCACGGAUACGGAUCCUCACAGUCGUACCAACUCGCCGAUUACCAGGAUGCCAGCUGGGAAGGCAUGGAUGAAAUGCCGCUGGCAACUCCUUCAGCCCAGCAAUUACAAACUGCAAAUACAUCUCGAAGCACAAAGGCUCGACUACAGCAGACGGAUACGGACUAUGGAGUCAUGCAAAUGCAACAAGACUACCAGACGUAUUCGCAUUCGGGUACAGUUGACGACUUUGAUGAACUAGGCAGUGCCUCAUACGUGGACUUUGAGCCCGUCUUCGAUGUCGUGUCAACUGUACCUUCGGAUUAUCACUCUUAUACAAUGGACGUUGAACAAAUGUUGCCCAGCGAUUGUCUGGGGCAAGGACACUAUACAAAGGACACCAUCAACCCGAAAGACAUGCACAAUACUUUGAUUGGACUGGGAUCGGCGACUAUGCCGAGAUAUCUUAUUGAAAACGAGGAGGAUUCGGGCAUUAUUCUUCAGGAUACGCAAGAGUAUCUCGGAAGUCGAAGGACGCACAGAUGA